AUAUGUGCUUCAGGUUGCGAAGUAAAUAUUUUGCUUAGGUCAAGCGCUGGUCGCGAUCAGCAUACUAGGCCCUAUGUAUGCAAAAAUAAAGCAAAAUGUGUGCGGCGCUUUUACGAAACAGCAUUAAAUGCUUCAAUUUAAGAAUAAACACAAGGGCUGUACCCAGAUUAAAUAUAUGCACAAGUGCCGCACGCUGCAAAUGGCGCAGCAUUGGUUCUGCUGAUGUUGAGCGGAAUCUGUUGCGAGGCGACAACUUGCCGGAUAAUUACCAAUUGAUUUACCGCGCGCCGAUGGAGGAAUAUGUGGCAUGGACCAAGAAUGUGUCAACUGCCACAGUGACGUUAAUUAGCUUGGUUGCCGCCUAUCAAUUGGCCACAACAAUGAGCUUCAUGAAUAUUGCCAAGAAAAUUGAUAUUGCUGUACUUGUUUCAAAUGAAUCAGACAUUUACUUCUUUGCAGCGGGAUUUGUGCUAAUUAACCUGGCCAUUCGCGCAUUUGUGGCUAAAUAUCCGCUGAGGAUAUACAAAAGUGCCGAUAAAUAUGUGGCCGUCUACGGAUCACAAUUGCCGCUGGGCACAACUAAGCAUUAUUUCGAACGAGGCCAAAUUUCAGAGUACAAAAAUGUGCUGAAUCCUUGGAGACACAUCAUGUUCAAACUAGACAAUCGUUCGUCUAUGCUUAUGAUUGAUUACUUUAAGACGCCAGCGGAAUUUCACCAGUUAUUUAAAGAAAGCCAAGACUAACUUUAAUUUGUUUAUAUAAUAAAAUGAAAGCCUGUUGAUUAUA